AUGCGGUCCAUCACGGUCAAUCUUUUCGGCGUUUUGCUGCUCAUUGCUUCAACUAAAGCAGCAGCAGCAGGUAAUGAUCCAAAAGCAAGCGGAAAGAAUGUUGUCGUGUGCACUAUUCCAACAUGCACCGAUUCCCAAAAGAUCUCGAACUUAGCUCGAGGCAUCACUUUCUUUCUGUGCAACGCACCCCCCAACUCGCCUGCUCCUAGGGGUAUGCAAUUCGCAUAUGCAUCCAUCACUUCCGACUCUGGUUUUCAAGCUCAACUAUACGAUUAUGAUCCUAUCAUAGUCGAUACUUAUUGGAUCAGAAAAUGUAAUACUGAUCCAAAUGUGAAGGUUGAUUGCUGGGCAACUCCUAAAGCAGGAUGUGCUAAAGAAGCAGCAGUAGGGGGAAACGCAGUAGCAGCUACAAACGAUGCUGGGUUGAUGGCUUUACCCAAUGUCUAG